ACCCAACUCAGCGAGUUCUUCGUCAGCAUCUCUCGAGUCUUCUCUGAUCGGUCUCUCUCUCUCUCUCUCUCUGCGUGUUGAUUCCAGUAGAAAAGGCUUCAAAGUUUUGACCCUACAAAAGGCGGAACCACCACCACCACCACACCCCAACCACAACCACGACGCUCUUUGCAAUUAAUUAGACAUGCAACAAGGCUCUGCUCCUCCUCCAUAUUUUCAACAUCCCAACUUCCAAAACCCUAAUUCCUCCGAUCCCCCUUACGCCUCCGCUCCUCCCUUCACCGCUUCUUAUUCUAACCCCGAUUACUCUCUUUAUUUCCCCUCAUACCCUCCUCCUCCUCCUCCUCCUCCUUCAUAUUCUCAUAUUCCCGAUCCUGUCGCCGCUCCUCCCCCUCCUUCCUCUUACCCCCCUUCCUCUAGCCCCAAUCUUCCCCCCUUCAAUUCUCCACCUCAACCCUCUUCCUUCCCUCCUUUCGAUUCUCACCUUCCCUACCAACCACCCAAUCAACAGCCACAGCCACAGCCGCAGCCGCAACCGCAGCAGCAGCCGCAACCGCCCUAUUAUCCACCCUCCGAUCAGUUUCAGACACCUCCCAAUUAUGCUCCUCCCUCAAACCCUACUCCUAACCCAUCUCCUCUUCUAAAUCCGAAUUCUUCCUACUCCGCCGGCUACUCGGCACCGUACAGUCAUGCAAACGCUCCAACGCCUCCUGUCUAUGAUAACCCUUAUGAGAAUUCCGUGAAAUACGACGCUGCCGCUCCGUAUUUUGACGAUGGCUACGGUGCAUUCAAUCGUAGCCGGUCCGAUUUUGGUUCGGAUUUGUACGGGAAGCGAUCGGACAGUGGACUUUCCCAUUAUGACAGCGACGGUGUCUAUGCCUAUGAGGGGCCCAAGGUGGAGCCGUAUGGUGCUCGGGGCACGGCGCCCAAAUCUACUGCUUUCGAUGAUUACGGGAGGUCGAUCGGCUUUGGUUCUGCGAAAGAUUCCUCUGCGAACACCAAGAUCGUGCGAGCGGUGCCCAAGGCGGAGACGCAGCAAGACGUGAAGGGUGGGGUGCAGAAAUUUCGGGUCAAAUUAUUGCCCGAAAGCCUUGGUCAGAGCACCAUGGAUGUUCUUUGCCAGAUUGGUUUGGAUGGAAUACGGAUGCUUGAUCCCAGUACUAGUAGGACAUUGAGAAUAUAUCCUCUUGAGACCAUUUCAAGAUGCGAAGUUUCCGAUUCAUCUACACUUGCAUUUUGGUCCAAGAGUUCGGUGGACAUUGAGCCCAGACGUAUCAGAUUGCAAUCAAAUAGUUAUACUACCAAUACCCUUCUGGACACAGUGACUGCUGCAACUGUACAGAUCAAGGAGAUGGGUGGAAGAAGCAGACCUGUUGAUUCUUUGAAGAUAAAUGAGCAGCCUGGAGAAAAGAAGAAAGGACUUGUUGAUUGGAUGAACAUUAUAAAGCCUGGAAACGAAGAAAAAGAUCAUUGGGUCCCUGAUGAAGCUGUUUCAAAGUGUACAUCAUGUGGAACAGAUUUUGGAGCUUUCGUGCGCAGGCAUCACUGCAGGAACUGUGGAGAUAUUUUCUGUGACAAGUGUACCCAUGGUAGAAUUGCUUUAACCGUUGAUGAGAAUGCUCAGCCAGUUAGAGUUUGUGACCGAUGCAUGGCAGAAGUGACUCAGAGGCUGAGUAAUGCCAAGGAAGCUGCUAGUAAACCUGUAGCAGUGCAGAGUCAUGAGGAUCUUGCCAAAAAGCUUCAGGAGGAGAUGGAAAGGAAUCGAAGGGCAUCAUCAGGCUCUAAGUCUGAUGGCUCUGGGAGGCGGUUGAAGGAAGUUGCCUGUCCAAUCUGCACUGUCCAUUUGCAGGUCCAAGUUCCCAGCUCGGGUUCUGAGACCAUUGAGUGUGGGGUUUGCCAGCAUCCAUUCCUUGUGAGUGCCCAUUGAUACCGCGUACUUCAAUGAGGAAGUGCUCAAGUUGAAUGCUAUAUAUAUGUGGUUCAAAUUAUUUUAGUGGUGGAGCUGAUGUUGAUUAAUAAUUUGGAUUACCAUCUGCGUAUUGUUUACCCCCUCGCCCCCUCUUAACGUCUGGUUUUUGUACUUAAACUAUUUUCACCGCGAUGGUGUGCAUUUUUAUUUUCUUGUAAGCUACAUUAAGUGGGUCAUGGCUUUGUGUAUGGAAGUAACAGUUUAAUCUUCACGAGUACAUGUAGGGAAACGCUUGACAAUGA